AUGUCACGCGCCACCGCCGCAUUCGGAAUCCUCCUCUGCCUAAUCCUCGCCGCCGCCGCCCACUGCUCCGCUCAGGCAGACUGCAGCACCAAAUGCAUUGUGGAGCAGUGCGACACGAUUGCAAUCAAAUACGGCAAGUAUUGCGGGGUGGGGUAUUUUGGCUGUCCCGGCGAGCAACCAUGCGAUGAUCUUGAUGCUUGUUGCAUGGCCCAUGACGACUGCGUUGACCGAUUCGGAAUGACUAAUGUGAAAUGCCAUGAGACAUUACAGGAUUGCCUAACCAGGGAACUGAAUUCUGGCAAGGUUGGCUUUUCGAAGGAGUGUCCUUACAGUACUGCCGCAACUACGAUGAUCAGAGGCAUGGACUUGGCCAUCUUGCUCAGCCAAUUGGGCGACACCGUUGCUCCCAAACAAACUGGAACCGUCAUGUAG